AUGCUUUCCUCGUCCUCACGGGCGCUCGCCAGAUCAUGGCAUGCGCUCACCGUUCUGGCACUCUGGCCCAUGUCAGUACUGGCCGAGGGUAAAUCUGCCGCUGACUUUUACGUCCGCGAGCUGCCUGGUCUUCCCAAAGAUGCUCCUCCGAUCAAGAUGCAUGCAGGUCACAUCGAGGUCGUUCCAGAGCACAAUGGCAACUUGUUCUUCUGGCACUUCCAAAACAAUCACAUUGCGAACCGCCAACGAACCGUGAUAUGGCUCAAUGGUGGACCCGGGUGCAGCUCCGAGGAUGGCGCCUUGAUGGAGGUUGGCCCGUAUAGGGUCAAGAGUGACAAGACGUUGGCUCUGAAUAACGGUACCUGGAAUGAGUUUGCCAAUUUGCUCUUUGUCGACAAUCCUGUCGGUACUGGCUUCAGUUAUGUCGACACGAAUAGCUAUAUCCAUGAGCUGAGCACCAUGUCGACUCAGUUUGUUACCUUUUUGGAGAAGUUCUUUGCUAUUUUCCCAGAAUACGAGCACGAUGAUCUUUAUUUCGCUGGAGAGUCGUACGCCGGACAACAUAUUCCUUACAUCGCGAAAGCCAUCCUCGAUCGUAACAAGGUGAAGAGCCGUAAAGAACAGUGGAACCUUAGCGGCCUUCUUAUUGGGAAUGGCUGGAUCUCUCCACGAGACCAGUCCGACGCAUACUUGAAGUUUAGUCUGGAGAAGGGUCUGAUUGAGAAGGGGUCGGACGCGUCGAAGGAGCUCCAUCAUAUGCAGAGAAUAUGUGAUAAGCAACUUGCCUCUGAUCCUGGACACGUCGAUUACAACGAUUGUGAAAGCAUUCUGCAGAGGAUCCUCCAGGUUACCAAAAAGGGGACUGGUGACCAGGCGUGCAUCAACAUGUACGAUGUGCGGCUCCGCGAUUCUUCACCCGCCUGUGGCAUGAAUUGGCCCCCCGACUUGGAUAAUGUCGGGCCAUAUUUGCGCGAACCACUGGUCAUGGCAGGGCUGAAUCUUGAUAGGCAACGGGCGACUGGGUGGCAGGAGUGCAACAGCAAAGUGCAUGCUGCGUUUAAUAACCGCAAUUCGACGGCCGCCAUCGGCUUGUUCCCUGACAUCCUUAAAGAGGUCCCCAUUCUUCUCUUCUCUGGAGCCGAGGACCUGAUUUGCAAUCAUAUUGGCACGGAGCAGCUGAUCAGUAAUUUGGACUGGAAUGGUGGCCGGGGAUUCGAAGUUACGCCAGGUAACUGGGCUCCCCGCAGGCAAUGGACGUUUGAGGGAGAGGUUGCCGGUUUUUGGCAGGAAGCUCGAAACCUGACCUAUGUUCUCUUCUACAAUGCCUCACACAUGGUCCCCUUUGACUACCCGCGACGAUCACGAGAUAUGCUGGACCGCUUCAUGAAGAUCGACAUCAGCAGCAUUGGUGGCCAGCCUUCAGACAGUCGGAUUGAUGGCGAAAAGGGCCCAGACACUUCUGUCGGCGGAGCGACCAACCACACACAGCAACACGAGAAUGAGGCAAAGAAGAAGCUCGAUGCUGCCAAGUGGCAAGCAUACAGAAGAUCCGGCGAAGUGGUACUUGUCAUUGUUAUCAUUGCUGCAUCAGCAUGGGGAUACUUCAUUUGGCGUCAGCGACGCAAGGGUGCCGCAUACUCUGCCCUGCGCAGCGAUGAAGCUGACCAGUCGAGAACGGGACUGGCGGCUUUCCAUGAUCGUCAAAAUGCCGGUGGUGAUUUGGAGGCAGCUGCUUUUGAUGAAACCACUGUCGAUAACAUCCAAUUGCAGGAGUCAAUCGGCCGCGGCGGCGAGGGCAAAUAUAGCAUCGGGGACGACAGCGACGAGGAAGAGGAGGAGGCUACCAAGCAAGGACACUCGGAUAAGAGGAACUUGUAA